AUGAUGGACACGCUCGGCUCCGUCCUUCCGCUGCUGCUGCUGCUGCUGCUGCUGCCGCCGCCGCUGCCGCAGGUGCUCGCCGCCGCCCCGCGUAUCCAGCCGCCCUCCGCGGGGGCCGCCGCUGAGGCGCGGAUCGGCUGCCUGUUUGAGGAUGACCUUUGCAAGUCUUUUGAAGUCUGUGUAAAUGAUGGAAUAUUUGGGAGAUGUCAGCAAGUGCCAGUAAUAGACAUCUAUAAAUAUGACAUUUCAGCCCCUGUUCUGCAGCACCUGAGGAUCAUCCUGGAGCAGCUCUCACACAGAGGUUUUACCUGGCGUGAUGAUUACACACAGCAUGUUAUUGGUCAGGAACUCUCAACCAUUCACAAAAUCCACAGCAGACGCCCUGAUGUAUUUGCAUCUGAAGGAUCUGACACAGGAAGGACUUUGGGACAAAAUGAAGAUAAUGAAAGAAAUUAUGAUGUGGAAAAUAAUGUGAACUUGGCCAAGUCUCUUCAGCAAUACCUUAAAUAUCUCAGAAUUCUCUCCCAGUCUGCAUCUAAAAAUUUGUAUCCAAGGAAGACAAGUGACAAAGCUUCUGUCAAGAGCUACAUCUACAAUGACCCCACGAGGUACUACACGAGGCAGAACCCCAAAGAGCCAUCACCUUUGGCCCAUGCAUCCAAAUGGCAGCAGGAAUUCCCUGAGGAUCCCCGUGGCAGGACGCUCCGCCAGCGCCAGCCAGACAAGCUCCCGCCAGAGCCGGGAACGGCCCAGAAGAGCCUGAUGGCCGCGCUGCACUCCUACAUCACCCAGAACCUGUCUGCACACAGCAGCGACAGCAGCCCUCCCAGCAGGACUAAAGGCUCUCAGGUUUAUGCUGAGAGAUUGUACUCUACGCAGGUCAGUCCUUUUGAUGGAACUUUUGCCAAAGGAAAAGCGGAAGAUUUCAAAAUGCGGAAGCUGUUGCAGCCGAGGCCUGGGCCUGGAGUGCUGAGGCCAACCCCUGAGAUGCUGAGUCAUAAAUCUGCUUCCCAGCAUGAUGCAAAGGACCCUCUGAGCAUUGUGGAUGGUAAAGUUGAUACACUGAUUAAAAAUGUAUUGAAGGACCUAGAGAAACACCAAGUGAAUGUGGAGAAUCUCAGCUCAACAGAACUGGAUGAAAUCGCUGAUACUAUUGCCACUGCAAUCCAAAGUGUUGACAUUCAGGAAGAAACAGAAAAAAAUGCUGGAAAAAGUAAAGAAGACAAAACAGAAGCACAAGUGAAGAAAGCAGAUGCUCAAGGAAGGGCAGAGCUUCAGACUGGAUUAAUGGAAAACAGUGUUAAUAUACCAGACAAUGGAGUGCACGAAGCCAGUGUGAGAAGCGAUAAAGAGGAGAACACUGCAAAGCUAAUUAGAUUCUUGAAUGAGAAUGCAUUAGCUGAAAAGAUACAUAAAGAUGUUAUUCCUGAAGAACCAACAAAGACAGAAACUAAGAAAUCUGAAGAAACUGACCCGUCUUCCUCAGAAGAAACAAAUGCUGGUGUGGAAAAUGUAAAAAGUGAGACUUUCUCAAGGGAGCUGACACCUGCAAAGAACAGUGAAUCUGACUCCAAAGACCUGAGCCAGACCAGCUACUGGAUUAAGAAUGCUUUAAUGCAGGAAGGAAACUCCUAUGAAAAGCCUCAGAAAAACACAGGACAAGGCUUACAGCUUGAAGUGAAACCUUCUCAGGAGGAAGAAUAUGGCUAUAUUGUGACAGUGAAAGACCCCCUGAGUGUGGAAAAGGGCUUGGAGUUAAUAAAGGAAGUGGCAGAUCUCCUGAAGCUGCAGAUGAGUGUCUUCGAUGAUGUCAAUGUCCUGGGACCAGCUGUGACCUUCCGAGUGCACUCAAACCUCCAAAAUAUUUCAACUGCAGAUGUUGCCAAAGAAGCAGCCAUAAACAAAGAGAAGCUUGAAAAAACAACUGGACUGAAAAUUCUGCAGACUGGUGUGGGGGAGAAAAGCAACGUCCCGCCGCUCGCGCAGCGCGGGGAAGAGGCGCAGUCCGCGAAAUUCCUCCUCCUCACCCUCCUCUCCCUCGCCUGCAUCGCCGGGGUCCUGGCGGCGUCGGGGGUCGCCUACUGCCUCCGCCACCGCGCCCACCACCGCCUGAAGGAGAAGCUCUCGGCCCUGGGGGCUGACGCCGGCUCCGAUGCGCCCGCUGCUUACCAGGAGCUAUGCCGGCAGCGCAUGGCAGUGAAGAGCUCUGACCGCCCCGAGCCCCUGCACUCCUCCCGCAUCAACAGCGUUUCCUCCCAGUUCAGCGAUGGGCCCAUCCCCAGCCCCUCGGCCCGGAGCAGCACCUCGUCCUGGUGUGAGGAGCCGGUCCAGUCCAACAUGGACAUCUCCACCGGUCACAUGAUCCUGUCCUACAUGGAAGAUCACCUGAAGAACAAGAACCGUCUGGAGAAGGAGUGGGAAGCUCUGUGUGCUUACCAGGCUGAGCCCAACGACAGCAGCGUGGCACAGCAGGAGGAGAAUGUCCAGAAGAACCGCUCCCGGGCCGUGGUGCCAUAUGACCAUUCCAGGAUAUGUCUGAAAGGUGAAAGCAGCCAUGACACUUCAGACUACAUCAAUGCCAGUCCCAUUAUGGACCAUGACCCCCGAAACCCUGCAUAUAUUGCCACCCAGGGACCUCUCCCUGCUACUGUUGCUGACUUCUGGCAGAUGGUCUGGGAGAACGGCUGUGUCGUUAUUGUCAUGCUGACACCCCUCGUGGAAAACGGAGUCAAGCAGUGCUACCACUAUUGGCCGGACGAAGGGUCAAACCUCUACCACAUCUACGAGGUAAAUCUUGUCUCUGAGCACAUCUGGUGCGAGGAUUUCCUCGUGAGGAGCUUCUACCUGAAGAACCUGCAGACCAACGAGACCCGCACAGUGACCCAGUUCCACUUCCUCAGCUGGAACGAUCAGAGGGCUCCUGCUUCCACCAGAUCCCUCCUGGAUUUCCGCAGAAAAGUAAACAAGUGCUACAGGGGUCGCUCUUGUCCAGUAGUUGUUCAUUGCAGCGAUGGUGCGGGAAGAAGUGGAACCUACAUUCUAAUUGACAUGGUUCUCAAUAAAAUGGCCAAAGGUGCUAAAGAGAUUGAUAUUGCUGCUACCCUGGAGCACUUGAGGGACCAGAGACCAGGCAUGGUCCAGACAAAGGAGCAGUUUGAGUUUGCUUUGACAGCGGUGGCAGAGGAAGUGAAUGCAAUACUCAAGGCCCUUCCCCAGUGAGCAGCUCAGUCUCCUGAAGGUUCCUGCAGAAUCCAUCCCUCGUUUUCCUCAUCCUCAGUCCCUGUGAAUGUUCUUGGAAAUCGUGACCUGACCUUAACUGUGUAUCUUCUGUUGUAACCACAUAGUUAUAGGGUCCUUACAAACUG